AUGUUUGAAAGCCACGUACCAUAUUUUUUUUUCUAUGUAGUGAGAGGAUCCAAACCUGGUAAAAAUGUCCAGCUGCAAGAGAAUGAAAUAAGAGGAUUGUGCUUGAAAUCUCGAGAGAUCUUUCUCAGUCAACCAAUUCUGUUAGAACUUGAAGCACCACUUAAAAUAUGUGGUGAUAUCCAUGGACAAUACUAUGAUUUACUGCGGCUAUUUGAAUAUGGUGGUUUUCCACCAGAGAGCAACUAUCUAUUUCUUGGGGACUACGUUGACAGAGGGAAGCAGUCUUUAGAAACAAUUUGCCUCUUACUGGCCUACAAGAUAAAAUAUCCAGAGAACUUUUUCCUCCUUAGAGGCAACCAUGAAUGUGCUAGCAUUAAUAGAAUUUAUGGCUUCUAUGAUGAAUGUAAAAGAAGAUAUAACAUCAAGCUGUGGAAAACAUUUACAGACUGCUUCAAUUGCUUACCAAUUGCAGCCAUUGUGGAUGAGAAAAUAUUUUGCUGCCAUGGCGGCUUAUCACCAGAUCUCCAAUCAAUGGAACAAAUCCGACGAAUUAUGCGACCCACGGACGUGCCAGAUCAAGGCCUCCUUUGUGAUCUCCUGUGGUCUGACCCUGACAAGGAUGUGCUUGGAUGGGGUGAAAAUGACAGAGGGGUUUCUUUUACAUUUGGAGCUGAAGUGGUUGCAAAGUUCCUUCAUAAACAUGAUUUGGACCUUAUAUGCAGAGCUCAUCAGGUAGUUGAAGAUGGAUAUGAGUUCUUUGCAAAAAGACAGCUGGUAACUCUGUUUUCUGCCCCCAAUUACUGUGGGGAGUUUGACAAUGCAGGUGCUAUGAUGAGUGUGGAUGAGACUCUAAUGUGUUCUUUUCAGAUCCUGAAGCCUGCUGAGAAAAAGAAGCCCAAUGCUAGCCGACCCGUAACGCCACCCAGGGGUAUGAUCACAAAACAAGCAAAGAAAUAAGCGCUGUUGGGCCUGCCUGGUUGGGACUUGUACUAUAGUAUAUAAUCUUCAUUUUUUAAAAAAAACGGUAACGUGUAUCAGUCAGCUUGCUAAGAGUAGACUUAAUGUGUUGUGGUUUUCUUUUUGGUUCAUUUUGAUGGAUGGCAUUUGCUGGAUGUAACAGCAAAUGAGACUUUCUCCCUUCUGAAGAAGAGUUUUAAAAAAAUUUGGUAUUCAUUUGGAGAGAGAGGAAAAAACACCUUUUUUGUUAUUGAUGUUCCGGCUGUACACUUCACAGCACCUAUCCUGCCAUUCUGGGUAAUUGUAUAACUGAAUCCUUGAACCUGUGGAAACCAGGUGACGUGCGAUGCCUGUUUUUAUUUUAGGAGCGAACAAGGCACCAGCGUGCCAUGAGACUAGGAAACGUAUGACUGUCAAAUUACAUACUGUUUAUACAAUUCACUGUGAAAGCUUUUAUUUUGUUUUAAAGGGUUUGCAUUUUCCUUGUCAUGUACAUGAGUCCUGUUGUCGGCUUUUUGAAUCAACCCUCAACUUUUGCCAGCUUCACUAGUAUGAUGUCUGUUUUAAUUGGAGCACACUUCCCUCCCAUAUACUUUGAAAUCACAAUUAAAGCCAUUAUUUUAAGGCUGUGUCUCUGUGAAAUCAAAGUGUGUAGGGGAAGACCUGUCAGCACAGCCCAUAGAGAUGCACUGGUAUCUAAGCUGGGUUUUUUCCUCUGCAGGAAGGACGACUUGAACUAGCAGAGUAAAGCUGUGAUCAGCUGGAGUACAGGAUUAAAGACUUUGAUACUUCCCCUAUAUUCAGUGUCGAAGCGUGCUACUGUGCUCUUUUAGCCAGUUCAGAAAGGUGUAACAUGUGAAGAGACUUGCCUGAGAAUUAGAAUUACUUUAGGUUUUAUUUGCAUCUUGAAGACUUGCUCUACAAAGCUUAGAAAACCACCAACUACAGCAGUGAACCAAUGUUCACCUGUUUCUAUGACUCAGUUUCUUGUGGUUUUUUGUUUUGUUUUUAAAAAAAGAACUGUAAUCUUUUUGAAGAGAUGACAGUGUACAAUACAAUGUGGUAAAAUGCCUAUUAAAUGAGUAACUUGUUAAA